UCUGUCUACACCUCAUGUCUAUGUAUUUCAUUUGAGUGGGAAGACAGUUGCGCAAAAGAAGGUCACUGUACCACGAUGAUCGGAAGAGUGGCUGCUUUGAUUCUUCUCAGUACAUUGUGUUUGCCUCUGAUUCAAACUACAAACCCUCCUCACCAGAUCGCUUUGACUGUGGCUGAACUUGGUGAUAAUUCGACUCUGACAUGUCCAGUUCCUGAUGAUGACGCCGGGUUUUUUUACUGGUAUAAGCUGAAGUUUGGAUAUAUGGUCCAAACUGUUGCAGGAGGAGCUCUUUCCAAAAUAUCACUUAAAGGACAAUUUAACAACGCGAGAUUCACACUGACAAAGAUGAACGAUGUGUAUGUUCUUAACAUCCAAAAUGUUAGCAAAGGAGACGAAGCGACAUACUUCUGUCAAGGAGGAACAGCAUAUGUACUGGAAUUUAUGAACGGCACUGUUUUGGCUGUGAAUGAUCAUAAAAAUCAGCAGAAGUCUGUCUACGUGAAGCAAAGUCCGGAGACCGAGUCGGUCCAGCCGGGCGGCUCAAUGACUCUCCAGUGUUCAGUUCUCUCCAGGGACAAAGAAAACAGAGUCCAGUGUCCAGGUGAACACAGCGUGUACUGGUUCAGAUCUGCAUCAGGAGAAUCUCAGCCAAGCAUCAUUUACACUCACAGCAGCGAUGAAGAGGAGGAGAGGAGCUGCGUCUACAGUCUGUCCCAAACUGUACGAGACUCCUCUGAUACUGGGACUUACUACUGUGCUGUGGUCACAUGUGGACGGAUCUUGUUUGGUGAAGGAACUAAAGUGGACACAAGACAAGAAUGGGAUCCAGCUAUUAUUAUCUUUGGGAUACUGUUGAGCCUCUGCAUGAUUGUGAUUGCAAUCCUUAUUUUCUCAAGAGAAUGAAGGAUGGUGAACCCAGGGGCAUUGAACUACUCUACACUGGAUUUUUCUACAAUGGAAAGAAAGAAGAGGGAGAAAAAAGAGACAAUAGCAGCAAUGACUGGACGUUUGUUUGGAUAAAAUCCACUGAUUGUCAAGAAAGGGAGUUAUCUGUGUAAGAAAGACAUCUCAACAUGUGCUGCAUGGAUAAUGUGUGUGUUGAUGUUGUUAACUUUACAAGAGAUCAGUUGUGCAUUAUUUACACUUACAGAAAGGGUGGCAUUACGUGUUACUGAUGAUGCUUUAUUGAAAUAAUAUUUCUGUUGAUGCUCGGUUGACUGAAUUUUGAAUUAUUCCUCAAAGUUUCAAUUUAAAAAAGUGCCAGAAAUCUUUGCUGUUGAAGUUUUGCACUAAUGUGAAAGACGGCUUUGUGCUUGCAUCGUACAAUCUGAGCAAGUGUGGCUCAUCCUUCUGUCUCUGUGCUCACCUGUUUCUGCUAUUAUCAUUUGUCCGUGCGUUCUGAUUUGACAAAACUACACGUUGCUACAUAUCAUUUUCUCCUCUUUACAUUACUGCCACUUUGAACACUCUGUUUCUACCCUUUGGACAAGGCAAGUAAAAUACUGUUAUUAUUAAUUUCACAAUGGAAGCUUGCAGGAAUACUGUAGAGAAGAGUGCAGGAGAAGCUUUGACACACACUUAUUUUUACCAUGUGAAUACAGACAAUAAUGGACAGGAGCAUUCACGUUUGGGCUUCGUGCCGUUUUCUUUUUAGGGCUUGUUGGUGAGAAAGUGGGAGUGUUACUCAGUCAGUGGUCCCACCCAGAUAUUUCCCCACAUCUGAGAGUUUAGACACACUACUUCCUUUAUCUGGUAAAUCAGAAGCAAACUUUUUGUACAAGUCUAUCUCAUCAUUCACUGAUCUGUUUGUACCAUUUUAAACAUAAUGACAAAACCCAAACUGUCACUUUACAACAUUUGAGACAUCAUGUCACAAACACCCACAAAUAUUAUUAUUUUGGAGAAAAACCUCUAAUAUCUCGUUGGAGUGUGCAUAUGUUCAUGGAUCAGUAGUGCAAAGUGCAGACAAAACAAUGCAUGUGCUAAUGCUGAAGAUAUUUAAUUUGGUUAGGUUUGCCUGAUUAUCUGCAGAAAGGCUUGGUGUCUUAGCUUUGCAUAACAGACGGGACACAGCCAGCUGGCCUUUAUGCAACGUUAAAGAAUCUGCCCACCAGCCACGUUUAAACCUCACCAACGAACACUUUGUCUAAUUUGUUUUAUCAAUACAGACAGAAACAUAAAAAAUGACAGGUUGUGGUUUCAGAAGUUAUGUGCUGUAACAUGACAAACAAGAAUUUAUCCAGCCAUCUGCCUUGCAUGUGCUCUGUCUUCACUGAUUGACUGACAACCUCACAAUGACAUCAAGAGUCUGAGACAUCACAACAUCUUUGUUCUUUAUCAGAAAAACAGUAAGGGCACGA